AUGUUUUGCGAAGUUAUCCAGCCACCGACUCGAUUGUCGGAGCGUAUCGGUCUCCCAAUCACUGUACAGAUCCCCUCUGUGCAGCGAAAUUCGACCGAUAUAGUUGAAGAAGAGACGAGAGAUAACUUCAAUGUCACACGCUACACUCGGCGCAGGAAAAAUGCGACAUCUGACCUUCUUUGGCUAUCCCUCACCCAUGAUGAAGCCUCCUGGGGUCGCAAUCGACUUAGAUGGACUCGGACUAUCGAUGACUUCCUGAAAAUCGUUCCUACACAGCACAAUGUCGAGACUGUUUCGCUUGGCCUUCUCACGAGCUCAAUAGAUGAGUACAAUAAAUACAAAUCUGCCACCUCGCAGUAUCCUUUCGCCAAAGUCGACAUAUUCUUUCACCCAGGUUACCAUCAAGGACCGACAGUUGACCGGGAUCAUCGCCACGACGAUGAAGUACAGGCAGUCCGCCGCGCUGAGAUGGCCACUCUGCGCAACUAUCUCAUGCUCAAGACCCUAGGUGAAGAAGCACAUAUCCUCUGGGUCGAUGCUGAUAUCUUUUACCUCGACGAUGGCAUUACGAAGCGGAUGCUGCAGCAUAUUGAGGAACGUGAUGACAUCGGUAUCAUCACUGCGAGAUGUUCGCGAGAUGGAGCGGAGGACUAUGAUCGCAAUGCAUGGCGCGGGACCAGAAAAGGACCACGAGGCUGGGAUCUGGAUCAGAAAGAGAUCAACCGGGGAGAGUUAAAGACUCAAGGUCAAUAUCAUGUCGACAAGUUGAUCGUUGGCACUACCGACGAUGAUCUUGUCGACCUAGACACUGUUGGCGCAACCAUUCUCUACCUGCGAGCCUCACUCAUUUGGCGGGGUUUGAACUUUCCGCACCAGUUUGUUGUGGGCACGCGAUGGAGAAAAGACGGCUGGGACGGCAUCGAGUCAGAGGGUCUCUGCUAUCGGGCCAGGGGCUUGAGCGGUGGGAAAUGUGCCGUGUUAGGAGGAGACUGGCAUGUACAGCAUACUGAUUUUUGA